GCAUUACAUUUACCUUCCCCAUACAAUUCGCACCUGUCAAAUAACAGUCGAAACAGGUAAAACAGAAAAAUGGCCGAAAAGAAAUCGGUAAUUGGUUUAAUAUUCGCAAUAGCGGCUGUGGCGUUUAUGGUUGGAUCAUUUGCCAGCCCUUAUUGGAUAGAAUCCUUUUCUAAAUCUGAAAACAGAUUUGUCAAAUGUGGAUUAUGGGAGUUUUGUUUCAAUGACUACACGUUUUGGAAGGACUAUAAUGGAAAACGAUACCUCGGUUGUUGGUAUAUCUUUUCUGACCAGUACAGACCAAUCUGGGAAUGGCUAUCACCACCAUGGUUUAUCGUAUGUCAAGUUAUGGUCAGUGUAUGUCUGCUGUUUCACGUCAUCAUCACGUUUGUCCUAAUUCUAAUGGUACUGAAUUGUUUGCCGUACUACCUGAAAGAAGUUAUCCUCAUGGGAAUUAGUUUUGUCUACUUUUUUGUGGUGCUGGUUGGAUUCAUACAAAUGGUUCUAUUUGGAGUGAAGAAAGAAGAUCGAGGUUGGAUGCCGCGCCCAGACCAGAACUAUUUAUCUUGGGGAUAUGGAUUUUUUGUCAUUUCAAUUAUUUUCACUCUGAUUGCAGCAGCAUUGCUGUUGCUGGCUGGCAGGAGCAUCAAACAAGAACUAAAGGAGGAUUAUCCUCACAAAAACUACUACAAAUAGACCAUACUGGAUUAUCUCUCAAAAGACAUUUUCUCAAGCAUUGUAUAGAAAAUGACACUUAUUUUAAUAUAUCAAUUUUUCAACUUGAUUUUGUAUAAUUUGAUUGAAAUCUUAUAAGAUCAUAAUAUUUGUUUUUCAUAUAUUUUUACUGGAGAAAACAUGACAGUUUCUAUGAAUUUUCAGAUAAAAUUCACCUUAUACACAUUUUUAUUCAAGUGUAUAUUUUUUAAAGAUCUUUUUUGUUUUUCAGAUAAUUGCCUCUAAAUAGGCUAGUCAGUAAAAAAUGUCAGAAAGUAAAAGUCUUAACAUUUUCUAUUUUUUUCUCAUUGAAUAUGUGAAUAUGUAUGUUAAAAUGUACAUAUUAAUGCACACUGUUUAUUUUAAUAAAUUUCCAAUUUUUUUUUUUAAUAUUCAUCAUGUUCAUGAUGUUCAUAAUUAUAAAAAAUCAAAUUUUAUAGAGACAAUAUACAUUGUACAGGUUGUGAAAUGUCACAUGUUAUUAUUACAUGUGAAAUUAAAUAUAUAUCAGUUGUCAUAAAUCAUAUCUAUAUGUUCAGGCUUUUUAUGUGUUUCACAUUGUAUAUAUCUUCGUUAAGUGCCAUUGUAAUUCUUUGAUCAUUUUGUCAAGAUAUUCUAAUGUUUAAAAGUUUAGCAAACAUCAUGCAGAAAUUUCUGUAAAGAUAUUCUGAAGUUAAGAGAAUUUCUUGUAGAAAAAGUUUUGAACACGGAAAAUUUUCCCUUCAAAUUUAAAGAAUUAUACACACUAUACAGGAAGAAAGCAGAGUCUGUACUAUUUUAUUAUUUUUUUUAUCAAAGGGAGAUAAUUUUGAUAACAUUAUUUUUUAUUUUUGGAACAAGCAUAUAUACAUAAGAUCAAUGUUAUAUUUUUUUGGUAUUGUUUUAUACAGAUAGUAGCUGAUAAGGUGAAUUUCACUUAUCAAAAAGUUAACCAUGUUUUACUGGAAAAGAUGUUACCAAUUUUUUUUUACAAAAGAGUGUUUUAAAAAAAAACUCCUUUUUAAAAUAGAAUGCACCUAAUUAACAGAUAAUUGACAGAUAAUUCAAAUUCAAAUAAUUGUUAUAAAAGGCUAAAUUCAUCACUACUUCAAAUAUUUUUUAAUAAAUAAAAGCAACUAGAACAUUCCAUUUGUUUUUAUAGUAAACAUAUCAAUUGUUAAAUAAUGUGUUAUUUACUGUGUGUACAAUUCUAAUUUGUACAGAAAAAUCAUUUGUAAUUAUUUUAUAAUCUUUUUUACUCAAGUUUUGUACAUAUGUAUAUACAAGAAUCAUUCAGUAUCAUUUAAACACUAUAAAGUUCAGUUAACCAAUUCUUUCUUAAAUGUAUCUGAAACAAACAAUUUAAAAAAAGUUAGUUAAUAAUUGGAAAAUUAAAUCAGAAAAUCAUUUUCAAUUACAGGAAUGUAUUAGAAAGUCAUUAAAUUCUAAACCUGUAUAAAUAAAUUUUCAGAGAUACUUAUAUGAUUUAAAGAGUCCACCAGAUCUAGUAUGGUGGGUAUAUGCAAGGUUGGAAAUAGUUCUUUGAGGCAAGAUUAUUAUUAUGCAAAUAUGUCACAUGUAUGUUUUUUUUUAAUUCAGAUACUUAAUUCAUCAAUCAUCAAAAAUGUACAAAAUUUUAUAAUCUAUGUAAAGAAUAAAAUUACCUUCUUA